UGCGAGUGACUCAGAUUUUCCAAAGUCUUGUUAGCGUAGGUAAAUUUUGCUGACGUAUAUUGUGUCACAUGUGAAUUAACUAUAAUAAUACAUCCUUAAAAAUGUAGAUAGAAGGCCAGGCCUAGUGUAGUUGUUUACUUCAUCUCAAUAAUUCUCUGCUGAGUGACAAUUGAACAUGAGCUAUCCAGGAUACCCAGGAAGUGGUUACCCCCCUGCAGGGGGUGCAGGGUAUCCCCCAGCACCUGGUGGCUACCCACCACCUGGAGGAGCAGGAUAUCCACCUGCUGCUGGAGGAGGCUAUCCACCUGCAUCCGGAGGAGGCUAUCCUCCUCAACCUCAACCAGGUUACCCACCAGCAGGCGGUGGAGGUUACCCCCCACAGCAGCCAGGCUAUCCUCCCUCAACAGGGGGAUAUCCACCAGCUCCAGGGGGAGGCUACCCAGGUCAACAGCCAGGCUAUCCUCCUCAGCAACCACCUGCAGGAUACCCUCCUGCCACGGGUGGUAUGCCAAGUCCAGGCUAUCAACCUGGCGGACCCCUGCCAUACAACCCAAGCCCACUGGGAUUUGCGUCUUCACAGCCAGAACCUAGUAAGCAGCAAUAUGGUGCAGCAAUGGCAACAACGGCUUUCCGCCAACACCAACCACCAGGUCCUGGCAUGCCAAUGCCUUCUGCUGCUCCUCCUGGCCCAGCUAAUUACCAGCCACCAAGCCAACCUCCAACUCAGCAACACCAAGCACCUAGUCAAGCACCCAGCCAUGCUCCAGCUCAGCAGAUGGCUAAUAUGAAAAUCAGUGACAUGUACCAAUACAGAGGAACCGGUGUUUGUAAGGAUAAACCUGGAUUCGAUGGCCACAAGGAGGCUGAAAUUUUGCGCAAGGCCAUGAAGGGAAUUGGCACUGAUGAAAAGGCCAUUAUUGAUGUACUAACAAGUUGCUCCAACAAACAACGUCAGAAGAUCAUCCUUGAUUACAAGACAAUGUAUGGAAAGGAUCUUAUCAGCAACCUAAAAGGAGAAAUAAAGGGAAAGUUUGAGAAUGUUGUGCUAGGGUUACUGCAGUUACCUGCAUUGUUUGAUGCUUACCAACUCAGGAAAGCUAUGAAGGGAGUUGGGACAGAUGAAGCUGUACUUAUUGAAAUUUUAUGCAGCAGAAACAACCAACAGAUCAAAGAAAUCAGGGCAGCAUAUAAAAAAGAAUUCAAAAGAGAUCUUGAAAAGGAUAUUGUCUCUGAGACGUCUGGACACUUCAAGAGGUUGUUAGUCUCCAUGGUUCAGGGAGGACGAUCAGAAUCAGCAGCUACGGAUACAUUAAAGGCUAAGGAAGAUGCCAAGGCAUUGUAUGAAGCUGGUGAGAAACGGUGGGGCACGGAUGAAUCCCGGUUCAACGCCAUAUUUGCCUCUCGCAGUGUGCCUCAGCUGCGAUUGGUUUUUGAUGAGUAUGCUAAGCUUAGCAAAUAUAGUAUGGAAGACACGAUAAAACGCGAGAUGUCUGGUGACCUAGAGAGAGGAAUGCUUACUAUUGUUAGCUGUGUACGAAAUACACCUAAAUACUUUGCUGAGAAGCUGUACAAAUCAAUGAAAGGUCUUGGAACAGAUGAUGAGACGUUGAUGAGGGUGAUGAUAUCUCGCUGUGAGAUUGACAUGGUUCAAAUUAAGGAAGAGUUCAAGAGGAAUUACAAACAGACUCUCGGACGCUUCAUUUCUGGAGAUACGUCAGGAGACUACAAGCGAAUAUUAAUAGCAUUAGCUGGUGGUGAGAAUUAAGAAUGCUGAUUUUGUCAAUGAAAUUUUUUUUGUGUAAAUUUUUUACAAUUUAGUGUUCCGUAGAAUAUAUUAUACUGUGAUAUUAGAAUUAUCAGCCCACAUUAAUGUAGUUACAGAAACCUAGGGAUUCAGCUUUGGAAGACUAAUGCAUUAAGAGUAGACGUUGCCCCUUAGAUUUAUGCAAAUUUGUGAUAAAAGUGAAAUAUAUACCAAGAUGAAUUAUGGUACUUCCAAAUUGGUUUUUAUAAUUAUAUAUUAUCAUAUUAAUAGAUGUUAUGUCUGCAAUUGAAUGAUCAAAAAUAACAUGUUGCCUUGAGUGUUAUGUUUCUAUGUACAGCAUUUCCAGAGUACGGUUACAGUACAUCAUAAAGCAUUAAUAAUACGAUAAUGGUAUUAUCUAUAUUUUUUAAGGUUGUCAGAGAUAAGAUAUUAAUAUAUUUAUAGAAAUCAUGGGAUACAACCAUGAAAGACUUAAAGUGUAGAUGUCACCCCUUCAGCCUGGGUAAUAUGGCAAAUUUGUCCUACUACAGCAAUCGCUACACUGCGUAGCACUCCCCAGUACAAUCGGGAAGGCUUUCUGCAGUGGCGUAUCUAGUUGGGGGUGGGGUGGGGGGGGUGGUGCAUGUCCCCAAACAAAAUCAUGCUCAAGUAUUAAAAAAUUACCUGAAAUGUUGUGAGCUAGACCUCCUCACCUAAUUAUCGCUCCCCUCACCUAAACAAUGCUCCCCCCUCACCUAAUCAUCAGGCCCCCACUUCAUCUUUGCACCCCCAUCAGGGGGCCCCCAAUUUCAAGACUCCUUAUUGACAUAAAGAGACGCCUAAAAGGAUUGUGCUGCGGUGUACUUCAUCCAGGUUUGCGAAGGUGCCUGGGCGGUAAAUCGUAACAAACAUUUUGGGCUUACUCAAUAUAGUACACGAUACAGUAGGUUCAUGAUGUUACUUACCAAAAGUGCAUUGGAUGAUAAAUGUGGACCUAUGUAAAUGGUUACCUGAAUACAUGCAAAUGAUAUGAACAUUUGAGUAGUUUCAUCUGGCUUGCUUAUUAUAGCUAUAAGCAAGUACCAUCCAUUGUGGUUGCUUUAAUACCAAUUUAAAAAGUUCUGCAGAUAUGAACAUUUUUAAUACUGAAAAUGUAAAACCAUGUUUCUCCUAAGAUGUGAUUUCAAGACUUUGCAUGUAUUGAGUACUUCAUCAGUGCUUCCUUAACUUUUUUUACUCAGGGACACACUUUGGCAAUCAGAAAUUACACCACUGACCCUCCUUGUCAAAAUAUUUCCUUCCCACAGGUUUUUUUGAGUCCAGAUAUCAAAAGAAUUGUUUGUCCAGUAUAUUUGCUUAUUUGUUGAAGCACUGUGUAACAGCAUUUCUAUACAGUAAGUAAUUAUUAUGUGGUGGAUUUAGGAAUUGAAAUUACAGGAAGCCCAGAGAGGGAUAUGCAGAUCCCAUCAACUUCCCCAUGGUUAUGGCAGAGGUUUUUAACAUUUUCAUAGAUAUGGCACCACUAGAUGUCUAUAUCAACAAAUGAUGUACUAUUAUCAUUUAAAUUUUGUUAUAUAGUUUUUCUUUAAACUCAGGUGCUGAAAUGUUUGUGAAUUAAAAAAUUUUUUUAAUGAAAUUUUGUACAUCAUGAACUUCAUGCUCAAUUACAUGCUCAUUUACAUCCUAUAUUGUCAGGCAUCUGUUUUUGUUUUUUUUUUUAAUUUUUAGUUUUUAAUUUUUCAUUCAGCUAGAUCUAGACAAAAUUUAAAACAGUUAAAAAAUUAAAUUAUAUUUGUAACAGGUAAAUAUAUACAGUAUAUGUUAAUUGGACUUCCUCAAAUAUUAUAUACAAAGUUUUUAUAUAUAAACAAACAUCUGUUGUCCAUAGAAGUAAAUUUAUCUGGUUUCUUGGUAAAUAUUAUACUGUAUUUCUGUUUAAUGUAAGAAAUGGUUAUAUCUAGUGUAGUUAAUAUAUAACAUUUGUUUAUAAAUUCUAGAUUAAAAUACAUUUACAUUUUAAUGUUAUUCAUUUUUUUACAUAUACUCUAGCUUGUAUGUUGUGAAAAUAAACUACUGUUUGCUGGUAAAGCAAGUAAUCGUUAAUGUUAUAUGUACUGUACAGUAGGCAUCAUGUAUGUGUAUGGUUUAGCAUCAUAA